GAUCGCAGAGUUUUAUUCGGAAAGAGUCCAGGUAUCGUUUCGUGCACACCUUUACGGCAUAAUGGGGGAAAAUUAACGUGAGAAGUAAAUCUCUUCAUUUUUUUCACCUAAAACUAGAAGCAAAUUCCUUACCUCUGAACAUGUUACGGACGUUUUUAUUUGUGCUUGUGCUGUGGGUGUCGCCAUGUUUGAUGGAGGAAGCCGAGGACAGCAAAGUAAACGAUACAUUUGUGAUUGAAGGCAAAGUGUUGGUGACCGGUGUGAAAGCGUCGGAAUGGAUACCUCACACGCGCGUACUGGUUGAUGGUGGACAAUAUGUUGGGUUCUUGAGAGCCGACGGUGCCUUCAAAGUAACCGGAGUGCCGUCCGGUUCCUACGUGGUGGAAGUGGCCAACCCGACCUACAUAUUUGAGCCGGCUAGAGUAGACAUCACAGCCAAGGGCAAGAUGCGGGCGCGUCGGGUCAAUCACAUCCAGGGCAACGCUGUGGUCACGGUUCCUUACCCGUUGCGCUUCAAGUCCAAGCAGCACUUUAGUUACUUCCAGAAACGGGAGGAAUUCCGGGUAACGGACAUGCUCAAAAACCCCAUGGUGUUGAUGAUGGUUCUCCCUCUCAUCUUCAUCGUGGUUCUACCCAAAUUAAUCAACACACAAGAUCCAGAGGUCCAAAAGGAGAUGCGGAACAUGAACCUGAUGAACCCCAAGACGGAGAUGCCGGAUCUCUCCGAGAUGGCAGCCAGGAUGUUCGGAGGAGGCUCGGCCCCGCCCAAAAAGAAGGAGAAGCCGGCCAAACUCAAGAAAUUAAAAUAAAACUGAAAUAACUCAUGAAAAAGGUUGAAGAAUAAAUGCCAUGGGUGUGGUCGGUGACACUGUAUGCAUUAUUUUUUAAAAGCCUUGGGAAAGUAUUGUUUUUAUAAUUCAUUGGAAUCGUUUGUCAGCAUAAAUUUUAUACCUGACUCUUUGCCUGCCACUUUAAAUCUAUUGCUUUGGAUUUAAUCUU